GCCAGCUUGCUUUCAUCACGCACCUUCUUCGUUGAGAGCGCGCGGGCACCUACUGCCCCGCCCCGCCCGCAACAGGUGCCACCCAUAUGAAACUUCUCAUUAUUUAUUUUUUUCCUCCUCCUCCUCCCUACACGAGAGAACACCACCGUUUUAUAUAGCAUCCCCCUCUUCUCAGCGCUCCAGCGCCCGUUGCCGCCUUCUCUUCUCCUCUCGUGCGUUCUCUCUUCUCUGCUCUGCGCAGGGCCUUGGAUCAGAGAAGAAGAGAAGGUAACCAAACGCUGCAUGAUGGGGUUCAAAGCUGCCAUUUUUACCACGGCCGUACUGGCCGUUCUCCUCUCCGCCCCAGCAUUGGCUCAGAAGAGUAGCCCACCCGCGCCGGCGCCAGUGUCACUGCCCCCGACCCCCGCGCCGGCGCCGGCGCCGCACUACGUGGACCUCGCCCAGCUCCUCAGCGUGGCCGGCCCGUUCCACACGUUCCUCAACUACCUGGAGAAGACCAACGUGAUCGAGACCUUCCAGAGCCAGGCCAACAAGACCGACGAGGGCAUCACCAUCUUCGUCCCCAAGGACUCGGCGUUCGCCUUGCUCAAGAAGUCCACCUUCUCCAACCUCACCGCCGACCAGCUCAAGACGCUGCUCCUGUACCACGCGCUCCCCAAGUUCUACUCUCUGGCCGAGUUCAAGAACCUGAGCGCGCUCAACCCGGUGAACACCUUCGCCGGCUCGCCGUACACGCUCAACCUCACCGACGACAUGGGCAGCAUCUACGUGCAGUCCAUGUGGUCCAACCCCAAGAUCGCCAGCAGCGUUUACGCCACCGACCCCGUCGCGAUCUACGCGCUCAACAAGGUGCUCCUGCCCAUGCAGAUCUUCAGCAAGGACCCGCCGCUCGCGCCGGCGCCCGCACCCGCGCCGGAGUCCGGGGCGUCCGAUGCUCCCAGUCCUUCGGCCGGCAAAGGAGGCGGACUAACCGGAAAGGGUGACUCGACGAGCGCCGCGUACAACGCCGGCGCCAGCGUUGCGAAUUGCUUGCUGCUAGCUGCCACAGGAUUCUUGAUGCUCCUGUCGUGAGACUUCGGUUCUUGUCAUUUGUGAGCACACUAGUGUUCGUGCUUCCCCACACUUGAUUUCAUUUUGAAUUGGUCGAUGGAGUCAUUCUUUUGGACAUAUGGUAGGCAUGCCGUUAGGAUUGAAUUGGAGUAUUUUACAUUACAUUACUCUCAUAAUUUCUCAUCUUUUGAUGCAUGAAUGAAUACGAAAAAGAAAAUGCUCUUACUACUA